GAAUGCAAACAGACAAACGUAGCAGAGAGCCGAUCGAAUCGGUCCAUUUUUAGCACUUUCAGCAACUGUCUGCUAGUGCAACUCUAAAUCAGACUUUGUUAAUUAACUAUGAAUAUAUAUUAAGAAUAUAUAGUUUAUAGUGCUGUUUAAUAAGACGAUGGGUAUUACGCAUCGGAAAUAGCAGAAGUCUUUCUCCGCGAGGCCUGUGAUAUGAAUGAAACCUCAUGUUGGGUUUAACAGUAGCACAUCUGUGAACUAGCACCAUUUAGCCAGUUAACGUUAGCUUCUUCUGGCUGGCUGAAUUGGUAAGCCUUUAUCUAACUUAACACUCUUGAUUAACGGUUUUUUAUAUACCUAUUAAAACAAAUCUAGUUAUACUUGCGCUGCGUGUUGGAUCGCUUGAUGAGGUUUAUUGGCAUUAUUUAAUCGAGCAACACAGGAUAUUCUGGACAAUACCGAGAACAUGGUGCUGCCUUUCUUGGUUCUUUACCUUUGGUGAAUAGCAUUUUUUUUCUUAGAUGACUUGGCCUGUAGAUUUUUUGUUAUUUGUUGCUCUUGGGUUGUUACAAGCUCAGCCGGUCCUCUGCUGUCAGGAGAUCUUCGUAUUAUCCUUAUGGAUUUGAAUUUUUACUCUGAUCUGUCUGACGGGACUGGUCAACAUGUCGAGUCCGAGUUCAUGGACAACUCGUCUUACAAUGGAUAUGAUCCCGUGAACAAGUUCGCAGGUGGCAAUGAUUCAUACCUGACCAUCAGUGGACCUGGUCAUCAUUGGUCAUCUGAGGUAGUGCUACACAAACUUCAAAAAACCUUCCAUACACCCUGUCUGGGUGAUGAAGAGUUUGAAAUCCCACCGAUCUCUUUGGAUCCAGAUUCUGCGCUCACCAUUGAGGAUGUGGAAGCCCAUUUCGGAGAGCUGGCUGAACAGGCUGAGACCUCAAGUGCUUCCGGAGUUGGAAAUAGUCUUGCAAGGAAUCCAGUGGUAGUGGGGAAUGAUCCCUCUUUUGCUUCUGCUUUCAUGAAUCCAUCAUCUCAGGGCAUAGAGCACCUGAGUAUGGGUGUGAUUAACCAGCCAGGGGGGAGUACACUACUGAGCUCAACUCUGGGUGUGACUUUACCUUCUUUUAAGGAUCUUGGGCAUUCAGUUGGCUCCCAUUUCAACAGUUCCUCUUCCAUGACUAUUGAUGUUCCAAUAAACGACAUGAACCACAGUCUCUUAGGACACAGCCAGCUCACCACUAUAGACCAUUCAGAUCUAAGUGCUCAGUUAGGUCUCAGCCUUAGUGGUACAGCCGGUGUGUCAAAGUCUCCUGACCAACUGUUGUCAACCACACCAUCCCCUGCUGGCUCAUUGCAGGAUGAAGACAUGGAGGAUUUCAGACAAAAAACUAUGCUGGUGGACCCAUCCUCAGCCUCUCUCAUGCCCAACUUGACGGGUUCUGCCCAGCUCUCCUCUGCUCCUCCAUCUGUGGUGAGGAGGGUGGGUGGUAAGCCGGCCAUGGUGCCUCUGACCCCAGCAGACACGGGCACAACACUCGGAGGCAAAAAAGGAAAAAAGAAGAAAGAUCCUAAUGAACCACAGAAGCCAGUGUCAGCCUAUGCUCUGUUCUUCAGAGACACCCAGGCAGCCAUUAAAGGCCAGAACCCCAAUGCCACAUUCGGUGAGGUGUCAAAGAUAGUGGCGUCCAUGUGGGACAGCCUUGGAGAGGAGCAAAAACAGGUUUACAAAAGGAAAACGGAGGCAGCCAAGAAAGAGUAUCUGAAAGCGCUGGCAACCUACAGAGCAAAUCAACUCUCAAAAUCAUCUACUGAGGUGGAGGAUAGCGCUCCUUCUACUCCUCCCUCUGUCCCCUGUCCCGCACCUGUCACUCCUACUCCUGCUGCCCCUGCCCGUCCACGGCUGACGCCCAUCCCUGAGCAGAACACUAUCACCAACAUCUGCGCCUCCAAUAUCAUCCUCGACGGGCCUCAAGUCACUACCCGUUCGCGCACGGGCUCUCUACCACUAGCCAUCAGCCAGCCCCCAACCCCCACUGUCACAAAAAUCAUCAUCUCAAAACAGAUGCUGCAAGGAGGUUCUCAGAUCCACCAGAUCCCCACGUCCAUGGUGACGGUGAUUCCGGCGGCGUUGCGAGCCGUGCAGCCAGCUGCUGCCGGACGUCAGCCUCCACCUCUGCAGCAGAUGCAGGGCACCCCACCGCCGCCACGUCUGCAGCAGAUGGUACAAACACAAGCCCCGCCUCCGCUUCAGGCCAAGCCCCGUGGAGGGGCAGGAGGGUCCGUGGCUGUCACGGCUACACCACCUCCACCUCUUCAGAUAAAGAUCGUGCCCGCUUCUUUACACUCCGACCUCUCCACACCGAUUAUUGUUACUACAGCUACAAGUGCUAAUCCGGUUAUUGCCUCAACCACCAUCUCAGCCUCAGUACAUCCCACCCCUGUUGAGGUGCAAGUUGAAGACCCCAAAGAGGAGUUGGUCACUGGAACAGAUGAGGCUGUGACGGAGGAACCCGAAGAGAUGGAGAUGGAGGUAAGUGUUGCUCCUGAAGCCUCCUCUUCAGCUCCUUCUACAAAUCUCUGUGUCCGUGCUGGAUGUACAAACCCUGCCGUGGAGAGUCGAGACUGGGAUAAAGAGUAUUGCAGCAAUGAAUGUGUGGCAACACACUGCAGGGAUAUCUUCAUGGCCUGGUGUUCAAUCAAGAGCCAGAACUCGGCCACCGUCAAAUAAAUGAGAAUCCUCCUGUGUCUGGGUCUUAACAUGCCUGGAUGAGUCUUUUUAUGUGAACACAACUGAAUUUUACUGGAUUUCUGAGUGAAGGUGUAGUGUUCUUGUUGUAAAUAGCUUGGGCAUGAAAAAAAAGCAGAGAAAAAAAAUCCCUCUGUUGAAAAUGUCUUCGUUACAACUGUUGGAGCUAGUAGUGAAUAUACUUUAAGCCCCAACUUGUUUGUUUUCCCACGCUGAAAUUGUCAGAAAAGGACCUAUGUGAUUGUAGUACUUUAUUUGGGCCAUAUUUUUUUCACUCAGUUUUGGUCGUGAUUUAUUUUUUAUGUGUGAUUGUAGUGAUUUAUGUGAAAGUGGGACACAAAACCUUUGUAUUCUUUUUCAAAUUUAGUAGUUUUAUGAUUAUGAUGAAAAAUUUGAGUGUUAGUGAAUCUCAAGUACCGGUAAUACAGUCAUUCAGAAAUUCUAUUAUUUCUUUUUUGUUUAAUGCAAAUUUCUCAUGUUGUACAGACAGUAUCUUAGAUCAGUGUUCAGAGGUGCUCUCAUGUCAACUUUUUUUGCCUUAGUUAUGGGGUUUUGCCGAUUUUUUUUUUUUUUUUUGUGAUUUUUGAUUGUGUUACAGAAAUUAUUCAAGUAUUAAUAAAAGACAGCCGAAAUGGUUUGA